CCUUGACAUUAUUAAUAAAUAUACCUUUAAAAUAUAAAAUUUAGUAUUAGAGGUUUAAAACAGUGGGAAACUCUGGUCGUGGCUCCAGAUUUCAUUCCUCAGAUGCACCAGGAUGGACUCAUUGUCCAAGAGAAUGCAGGGAAGUCUGAGUCCCUGUGAUGACGUAGUUGACUCGCUGGGCACACCCAUUUGUUCAUCCUCAGCACUCAUUCUCCCAAAUUCCUACUGGCACACUCUGUUGAGGAAGCAGCAUGGCUUGCAAGCUUCAAGACAUAUUCAUUUUCCCUGUGCCUUUUUGCUCUUUGUGAAAAAGAAAACCUUCUGGAGGCGGAGCUUAUUGAGCAACACCCUCUUUAAAAACCAGUCUCCACGCUUCCUUGAUCACUUCAGUUCCAGCGUCCUGCCUAGCAAAGAAGCAAUUAGCCAAAAUGAUACCUGGAGGCUUAACUGAAGCCAAACCUGCCACUCCAGAAAUCCAGGAGAUUGCUAACAAGGUUAAACCUCAGCUUGAAGAAAAAACAAAUGAGAGUUAUCAAGAAUUUGAAGCUGUAGAGUAUAAAACUCAAGUGGUUGCUGGAAUAAAUUACUACAUUAAGGUGCGAGUAGGUGAUAAUAGUUAUAUUCACAUGAAAGUAUUCAAAGGCCUUCCUGGACCAAAUCCAACUUUGACACUUACUGGUUACCAGACUGACAAAAGCAAGGACGAUGAGAUCACAGGCUUUUAGCAGCAUGUUCCAAAAGUGGUCUGAUACUUUCCACUGGCUACUAACUAAUGUUCCCUGCUAAUAAAUGUAACUAUCAAUAAGCAAACAUUCCUUUUCAAAUAGAUUUAUUUCUUCAACUAUU